AUCAUGAUGACAUAGAAAAGGAAAUUAAAGUUUUCAAUAAUACUGCUCUAGUGUGAAUGGUAACUGUAUAGUGAGAAAUUAAAGUUUUCAAUAAUAGAGGUAGGUUGGAAACAAUCUCCCAUGUGGGCAAAGACUUUGAGAAUUCAUAAUUAAUCAAAGUCUCUCAUCUUCAUCUUCAUUCUCAUUCUCAUUCUCAUUCUCAUCUCAUAUUCUCUCCGCAACUCCCAAAACAACCAUGGCAGCUGCUUAUGCAACUCUUGUUUCUGCUUUGAAUAUCAUAAACAACCUUCAUCAUCAUCCCCGCCCUCCUAUUUCUCUCUCCAUUCAACAAGUUGAGUCUCUCACUCAAAAGAUUCAUUUCCUGCUCGAAUUUGUCGAGGGGUAUAACCCCCAUCGUGGCUACUCCAAAGAAGCGGAUCCAUUGGAGUCUCGCAUUGCAGAUGCAGCUUAUGCGACCGAACACGCCAUUGAAUCUCAUAUUCUGGAUCAGUUCACAAAUAAUAGAGAAAAUAUGAGUUAUGAUGGCUUGUAUGAAGCUCUGGAGAAGGUGAUAGAAGACAUGGCUUAUAUCGAAGAGGAGGCCAAGCAAGUUCAAGGGAGAGUUGGAGUAGUCCAACAUCAGCUGCUUCCUGAUUCCUCGACAUCUUCUGAGAUUCCGCAGCAGAGUAUCAUGGUUGGUGCUGAUGAUGUCAAGCGUCAAAUGAUGGAUAAGCUCAUUUCUGGUGAUGGUCUACAAAUCAUUCCCAUUGUAGGGAUGGGCGGCUCGGGUAAGACCACUCUUGCUAGAAAUAUUUAUGAGGAACGUCUUAUUAAGAAGCAUUUUUAUAUUUGUGCUUGGGCUACCAUCUCUCAAGAAUAUACCAUUAGAGAAAUUUUUGGAGCUCUUCUUCGUCAGUUAAAUAUAGCAGUUGAUGACAAUUUGACGGAGCAGGAAUUUGGAGAAAUAUUGUAUCGAUAUCUUUAUCAUAGAAGAUACCUAAUUAUAAUGGAUGAUAUGUGGAGCAUUGAUGCAUGGGAUAGAGUUAGAAAUUAUUUUCCAAAUAACAAAAAAAUUGGUAGCAGAAUAGUGGUAACAACUAGGCUAUCAGAUUUGGCUUCUAAAUUACCUAACUCUGAUAGCCUUGGGAUGGAACUUUUGGAUGAGGCUGUUAGUUGGGAGCUUCUCUCCAAAACUGUGUUUGGGGAAAAAGGUUGCCCUCUUGAAUUGGAGGAAAUUGGAAAAAAGAUUGGAAAAAGUUGCAAAGGACUUCCAUUGUCAAUUGUUGUGGUGGGAGGCCUUUUGGCCAAGUCCAAACAUGAAAGAGAGUUUUGGGAAGAGAUAGGGGAAAACUUGAAUGCAACUGUUAAUUUAGAGGAUGAUGAACAUUGCUUGAAAAUACUAUACAUGAGUUACAAGCAAUUGCCAAUACAUUUGAAACCAUGUUUUCUCUAUAUGAGUGUUUUUCCCGAAGAUGAGGAGAUUAGUAUGUCAGAGCUCAUUAGAUAUUGGGUUGCAGAAGGAUUUGUGAAAGCAGUAAGUGGGAAAAGCUUGGAAGAGAUAGCGAAGGAGUAUUUAAAAGACCUUAUUGGUAGGAAUCUUGUUUUAAGGAGUACCAGAGAUUGGGGAAAGAAGUGGUACCAAAUUCAUGACUUGUUGAGAGACUUGUGCUUGAGAGAAGCUGAAAAAGAAAGGUUUUAUAAUAGCGCAUCAGAUAAUGCAGUCAUAAGCGUCUUACCGCCUAUGUCACAAGCUCGUUGUUUGAGGUGGAAUGUUGGACGAAAAUUAUCACCUCCCGACAUGAGCUUGUUGAGGAUAGUGAAAACAACUAGAUUCCAAUGGAAUUUAGUUGGACACAUGCAUCAAUUAGUUAACUCACGGUUACUUCAAAUAGGUUCUUAUGGAACUAGAGAUGGGAAUUUUCCUUGUUCAAUAUGGCGAUUUUGGAAUCUACAAACACUCAUUGUUUACACCCACAAUGAGGUUACUGCGCCAACUGAUUUUUGGUACAUGCCUCACAUCAGGCAUGUUAAGUUCGAUUUUGGGCUUCGUCUCCCAGAUCCUCCUAACGACCAAGAUGACAUUGUUUUGGGAAAUCUGCAAAGUUUGGGGAGAGUAUCAGAUUUCAAGUGUAGCGAACAAGUGGUACAAAAAAUUCCCAAUAUAAAAGAAUUGGUUUUUAUGAAUGGGGGAAAGUACUCUGAUGAUGAGAUGUAUUGUUUGAGCAAUCUCGAUUUUCUAACUAAACUUGAGUCCUUGAUUUGCAAUUCUUCCGGAAAGUGUGUAAUCAACUUUCCCCAUUCGCUCAAGAGAUUAAAUCUUUGUAGCAAAGAUUAUUGUUGGGAAGACAUAUUGGAUAAGGUAGGUGUGUUGCCCCAUCUUCAGAAGCUCACACUCGAUCAUGGGAGGUUCAAUAAAAGGAAGUGGGAAACAACUGAAGGCCAAUUUCGCAGCCUCAAAUUCUUCACUCUUACGUAUUGUCGUAAUCUAGAAAUCUGGAAAAUUGAAAGCUCCCACUUUCCAUGCCUUGAGCGCCUUCAUCUUAUUGGAGUAAUGAAGUUGCGGGAAAUCCCUUUAGAGUUUGCAGAAAUACCCACACUUAGAGAAAUAACUGUGAGUAAUUGCAGUGAUUCUGUUGUGGUUUCUGCAAAAAGAAUAUCAGAGGAACACGAGGGCUAUUACGGGGAAGGAGCCCUUCGAGUUCGCGUUCGCCUCGGGAAAUGGAACCGUUACAGAGCAGGACUGGAGGGCUUGGAUAGUCCUAACCCUAUGUUCGUUAUUGAGGGUUACUACUAGUAAGUGCAGGUAGUUUGGUUCUUCCGCAAUCAAGUUACUUUUCAUAAUGCGAAGGCUACUACUCAUGCGAUUCUCCUUCUUCUCAAACUUUCCUUUGCUGUAACCUUUGGAUUGAAUCGGACUCCUCUUAUGUUGUUUCCACCUUGAAUAGUCGUUCGACUUCGGUACCUUGGCGUUUCAAAAGCCGUUUUCUCUUGGUCAUGGGUUUUGGAGCGUCGGGCCAGGGUUUUUUAGAGCUCUGGUGCGCUGGACUCUGAUCCGGGCUCGGUCGGCCUCCGUUGGUGUUUUCCUUUCCUCUACGCUUUCUGUUUUACUAGGAGCGUUUUGUUGGUUGUGUUUUGUUCUUCCUGUUUUUCUUCCUGUUGUAAUAGACGAGUACUCUUUUCCCUUAUGCAGUGUUUUUCAUAGGUUUUGUUUUUUCCUUUGUUUCUCAAUAAUAUUUUCAAUUCAG